UUUAGUUUUUAUUAAUCCAAAAUCAUGGCACUGACUCAAGAUAUGGAUAUGGCGAUAUUAGCUAGAUCAUUAAAAUUGUUGCAUUCACCAGAAGAAGAUUCUGCUGAGCAAUUGAGAAUAAUUUUAGAAGAUACCAUUAAAUGUAAAUAUGGAAACAGAAAACCGAUUAAUUUAUCAGUUCUAGGUCUUAAUAAAAAGACUGUUACUGUAGAUGAGGUUAGAGGAAAGAGAAUCAAGUUAGAAGAAGGCUCUGGUGUUUCCCCUAUAUACAGAGAAGAUUUGGAAGAGUCUCAGACUUCAGGCUCUGAUAGUGAUGACGGAGUUGCUCUUGAAAUCCUUGACGAUGAUCUUUCUUGUGUUGUUUGCCACGAGAUGGCCGUGGGUGCCAACAACAACCUGGUGGAAUGUGUUGAGUGCCAUUCUCUCUACCACCAGGAGUGCCACAAACCUGCCAUCACUCAAGAUGUCAACGAUCCUAGGUUUGUCUGGUAUUGUGCAACCUGCACCAAGACUAUGAACAAAGUGGCUAGCAGUUCAAAAGGAUCACCCAGCAGUGUUAGUCAGUCUGGAAAACCACCUAAAGCGAGCAGCAAAAGUUCUUCUUCUUCCUCCUCUUCUAGUAAAUCUUUCAAUGCAUUCGCCAGUUCCAGCUCUGCAAAGUCUUCUUCUGGUUCCUACUCAAGCAAAAGUGGAAGUAGCAGUAGCCACCAAAGCAGCGGCAAAUCCAGUACUAAGGUCACAAUUCCUGUACCUAAGAUUAAUACUAUCACAGCAGACAAACGGCUUCAGAUAAUGAAGAAAAACGCAGCAAAAAAACAAGAAAAGAGAAAACUACCCAAAUAGGUCAUACAAAUUUUGGGCUAGCCAUAUUUUAUGAAACUAGAACCAUAACCAAGCAAACUACAACAGUUUACUUAUUCUCCAUGAGAAUAACGUGGGAAUUUUAAAGUUACAGUUUUGAACUUUUCUCUGUGACUAUUUAGUGUACUACAACGCUUCAAUAUUUGAGAUUUAUUGCAAAGAUUAUGUUUUAAAGGUCAAAAAUGGGAACACCCAUUUUACCCUGUUCUCAUAGUCCGAUCAUGCUGGUUGCUUGAACAUAGGUUUCCACGUUUGUACCAAAUUUAAUCUAAAUCGGGUGAU